AUGAGUCAAAACAAAAAGCUCAAUCUUUUAGAUACCUUGCAGCCUGUUUCUGCAGAAAGGUUUAUCUCUUCUCGAAAUACUUAGAAGGGAUUUGAGCUCGCAAGUCCAUCUGUUUAAUCUAAUUUUUUUGAGGAUUAGAUUUUAAACAUAGAGAACUAGUUGGAUGAAUAUUUAGAGCUAAUGGAAAAUAAAAUGAAAGAAAUAAGCGAACAAAGAUUAUAAGAUAAUUUGUAAUUUAUGAAUGAGCUAAAAUUCAUAGUUGCAGAAAGCAAAAACAAUUAGUAAAAAAAAGAAGGAGUUUUUAAAAUACUAUCAUUAUUUUUAAGCUAUUAUGGAUGCUGGAGAGAAGCAGAAACCUUAAUGAGAUAAAUAUAAAGCAAUAACAACUUAGGAAGUAGGGGAGGAAGCUAACCAAAAAGAGAAGUUUAUGAUAUAUAUGAUUUUAUUUUGGAGCUUAUUGAAAAUGAGAAUGAAAUGAGCAAAAUGAUGAAAGUUUUGUUUUCAUAGGAAAGUAGAAUCUAAUAGGAACAAAGAGAAUAAAUGGAUACAUCUUCUUAAAUUUACAAUUUUAAAUAAAAUAUAUUUUUAGCUAUUAUACAAACAUUUAACAUAAGAAUGAAUUCAAUAAAUGAUGAGAUAUUCAGCUGGCUAAUAGACAACUAAAAACUCAGGAUAAUUGAGAUAAUUUUAGAAAAUGACAGAUUUAGCGCAUCAUUAAAAUAAGGCAAUUAUUAAAGAAUGAAAAAACAAGAAAGAAAAAUGCUGAAAUACUUGCAUCAGAAUUUAAUUUUGAAAAACUACAACAACGAAAUUGAGUUGAUUUUAAACAUGAAUGAAAAUAAUUUAGAGCUUUUAUCCUCUAAAUAUGUUCUUUAUAUUGCUAAAUAUGAACGUAUUCCGCCUAAUUAUAUAUUAAAUAGGACUCUAAUUAAGUAGGUUGUUUAUUAGUAAAAUGUACCAUUAAUGUCUGCUAUGCUCAAACUAGAUAGAGUUAUCACUUAGUAAACACUUCAUUCAAAGAAGGUUUAGGCUUAAAUUAAUGUGUUUCUUUCUUAAGCUGACACUUUUUGUAUGGGAUUAUAUUUUCUUAAAAAAAUGUCUUAAAAAAAGUAAAUUAUUUCUUAAUCAUCUGAAUAUUUAGAGACCAUUUUGAGAUUGCUAGAGAAACCUAAAAGCGAUGAAAAAUUCGCCUUUGAAAUUUUUAGUCAUGUGCUUCAUCCACUAAUUUUAUGCUUAGUCGCAAGUAAAAUUUUGUUAAAACUAUCAUUCUUCAAAAAUCCUUUCAGCUCAGAGAUGCUCAAACUAGCAAAAUACUAUUUGGAAAGAGCUUUACUGUUUAGAGAUACAAUUUUUGAUGCAAGAGAAAUGAGCCUCAUUCUCUUUAAACCCCUUUUCCCUAGCGAUAAGCCUUUAGUUAAAGCUUUGAGAAACAGAAAUUACUGCUAGUUUUUUACAGAGUUUUUUAUUCAUCCAUGCAUAACAUAUCUUCUUGAACAGAAAUGGAUGAGUACGUAUGGUUUUGACUACUCACUUUUAAGCACAUUUACUCCUUUAUGUCAUUUUUAAAAGUAAGCCAGAAUCAAAAAUACAAUUGCUAAAGGCUCAAAAUCAUCAUCAUCUUCAACAAGUUCAUUUUAAAAAUCAAUGAAAUCAACAGGUUCUUCAGCUUCUUUUUCUCUUGAACCACAGAAAUAAAACUGGAUAAUUUUCAGAGAUAUUGAGGUCAGUUAACUGAAGAAAGCAACAAAAAAUAAUCAUUUUUAUUAAUUUGUUAUUUAUAACAAAUCAGUUUAAGUGAGAACUUUUUUCGAGUUUAUCCUUUUUCUGGCAAUCUUUUGUUUCACUUUAUAUGAACUAUUUCUAUUUAUAGAAAAUCUAAAUAGCUAUGCUUCAGUUGAUGAUCCUGUAAAAAUAAUGUUAUUCUCAUCAACUGUACCGUAAGAUUGGUAAAGUAAAGUGAAUGACUUCAAAAAGUAAAAUCCAACACCACCUCCAUUAGAUAUUUAAAUAGAUAAUACUACAAAUCUUAAUAUUUAAACAACAGAUCCUUAGAUUUUUUGUAAACUAAUCUUAUACUAAAUAUCUUCGGGUUAUCAAGAAUUUAUGGAUUUUUUUUAAAGUUAGUGCGUUAAAUUAAUUUAUGUUGGUACUUAAUUUGAAAAACUCUGUAACGAUACAAUCAGAGUACUUUGGUUCAUUUUCUGUAUUGGAGCAAAUGCCAUUUAAAAGCAAAUUUAUGUAUAUCUUAUAAGACGAAAAACUGAUCCCUAAAUAUUAGAUUUGUAUGAUUUACUCCUCUACAUAGCUUGUGGCUCAUUUUUAUUGACAAAGCAAAUAUUUAUUCCUGAAGGUAUAUCUGCUAAUUAUACUUUUGAAUACUUCAACAAUUGUUAAUUUGCUUUGAAAAUUGAAUGCUGUGCUAUAGUGUUUAUUUUAUGGCUUAGAAUGUUUAUAUUUUUAAUUAGAACUUAAAAAUUUGGAUUACUAGUCAAAGUAAUAAUACUAUUUACUAAAGACCUUUUAUAUUUUAUGGUCAUUCUUAUUACUGUCACAGUCGCUUUUGGGCUAAUCAAUUACAUUCUUUUUUAAAAUAGCCUUGAACUAUAUAAAUCUAUUGAUAAAUCCAUAUUCAAUCUAUUUGCUGCAGCUUUUGGUGCAUUCGAUUUUAACAAUUAAACUGGAAUUUAGUCAGCGAUUCUAAUUGUUUUUUUAGUUGUAGUGAAUGUUAUCCUUCUUAAUUUACUAAUUGCUAUAUUAAACACGAGAUAUGAGAAGACAAUGCAACAAUCAGAGAUGGAAUACUCUUUAGUAGUAUAUAAUGACUAUAUUAAUUCAAGAUUUAACCCUAUAUACAUGUCUAUGAUUUCACUACCUCCACCUUUUAAUAUCCUUAAUUUUAUAUUUGGAAUAAUUUCUUUUAUAACUAAGUCUAGAAUAUGGAAUAAAAUAGCUUUAAAAAUUGGAUACACAUUAGUUAUAUUUCUUCCUUGUAUUUUACUCUACAUAGCUCUUUCUUUGGUUCUCAUUCCUUUUUCUUAUUUAUAUUUUAUCCAUUAAGUAUCAAUGUAUUCUUUUUCUGAUAAUAUGAUGUAUGCCAGAAAGAAAAAUAAAUGCUUCAAGAUUACACUUUAUUUAUUUCGAUUACUGACUUGGAUUACAUUAGGUAUUCCUUAUUUACUUGUAGUGUUUUUUUCAAAUGAUCUGCCUUUGUUUUGUAAAUCGGCCUUUGCUCAUAACAAUAAUAAGUACAAUUUCACUAAAAAUCCUGUCCUUGACUUAAGAGUAAUAAAGUAUGUGUCUCUUUACUCUAAUUAUUUAAAUUUAGCAAAAAAAGAUGUAUUUAACUAUUUAGAAUUUAGGUCUUCGCUUGAGCAAAAAAAGGAAGUAAAAUAUAAAAAAUCUUACUUUCAAAGAUUUGCACAACCUUCUAUCAAAUCUAAUAGCUAGCCUCUAUAAUAAAUUAGGAAAGGAUUUUAAAAUAAUGUAAAGCAUAAUUUUAAAUCAGAAACCAUAUUUGAAAAAAAUUUUAAUGAUGCAGUUAAAAAAUUUGGAGAUUCUAAAGUAAAAUAAGAAGUAGAAAAUAUCCAGCUUAAUAAUCUUUUAAAAGCAAUAAAAUAUUCAGCAAUCUUCUUUAAAAAAUCAAAGAGUACUUCGUUUAACUUGUCUAAACUUCUUUACAUUGUAAAGAAAAAAGAAAUAAAUUUAAAUCUUCUGUAAUUAAAUACUGAUAAUUUUUUCUUAAAUAGAUCAUUUAGCUCAUAACCUAACAUAAAUGUUAAUAACUUAAAUUGA